UUUAGGUAAAAGUAUCGUUAUUUAUGGAAUGGGAAGUUAAAUAUCAGAAUGGAAGAGUCCAAGAAAUCUACUUCCAACCAAAUUUUAAUUGCUGCAUUUGUGACAUAUUUUUACAUGCUUAGAUACUUACCUACUUGUGUAUCAUUUGCAAGUAAUUAAUGUUCCCAUCACCGCAGAAAUAAAUACGCAAAUAAAUAUAACAAACCACCACCAAUGGUACAAAAUUCGACACGUGUUUCGAUUCUCUACAAGGCAUCAUCAGGAGAUUUGUUGACUAGGGCGUGAUUAUUUUGCGAAUUAGCAAAGUUAAGUUUUGUUUUGAUUAAUAUGGAUUGCCGCAAAGUAACGUCUGAUUACCCCUUACUCUGGAGACCAAAGGUGGCCAAAGGAUAUAUUAAUUGCAACAACUCAACGUUAUCUCGCCGUGUUUGUAGUAUCCUUAGAAUCAUAUUGAUGAGUGGUAAAGGACGACUCUCUGAAUAAAAGUACAGUUGGCGAAAAAAAAGUCAUGUUAAAUAUUUUUGGAGCAAAACAAAUAUAUUUUAAUUGAGCAGUUUGGUAUACAUUUCUACAAAUUGUUAUUUUUAUUCUUACUAAUUAUAAUUUAAUCUUAUUUAUAUAAAUUCACAUUCUCACCAGUCGUAACUCCCGUUAUGCUUAAUAUGAUCAUAGAUAGAUAGAUAGAGGCGAUUGGCCUGUGACUAUAUGAACUAAAAGGAUCUUAUCUCACUUGGACACGGUUGAGGGAUGGAUCGAUUUGUCAUACCUCAAGUGACUCAUAUGUAACUGUAAUUUAUACGAUAAACAUUUAUUUGUACAAUCCAUUAGUGUUAGUACCGUGCGUCGAACAAAUUAUAAUUGAAAGUACCAUUUAAAUUCAUGCACAUAAAGUUGUUUAUAGUUGUAAAAGCAAUCAACAAAACUAACAUAAAAGUGAAGUUAAGUGUUUAGGUACAAUACUUGUGGGCCGAUGAGCUUAUUCUCGGGAGGCUGCGCCUGAUAGGCGGUACGGCUCCAGUCGGCGCCGGGAAACUGCGCGAGCGCACGCGUCCGCGUCGCAUCGAUCGCGCCCUACGAUUGUUUACUAACACGAUAACGAUCUGCUACGACCACUAUGCCUUCCAGUCUUGCAUGAGGCUCACUUGCAUUUUAAACACAUUACAUCUGGAAAUUAAAUACUGAUUUGACGACUUUCUGUUAGUGAGAUGUCAACGCCUCGCUCCUUUAAUAGAUCGCCGCCGCUACUUUACGCCCUUCGGCACACAUAAAUAACAGAUAUAAUGUGACAGAUACAUUUGUAGUCCCGGCUUUUAAGAGUGUUUAACAAGCGAUUGUGCGACAUGAAGCUUUCGAUGGUUAUUGUUUAUGUUAUCGUGGCGGCGAUCGUCGCGGCGGAGAUCAGGAUCCGCGGCAAAGUGAGAAAAAGGUCCAGCGCGCACCGGCGGCACCGCGCGAUUCUGCCACCUUGUCCUUUUAAUGAGACGAUUAUCGAGAACGAGUGGUCGUUGAUGGAAGCGAUAGGGAAAUCGAAGUAUAUAUUCACUGGGAAGGUUUUAAAUGUGAAGAAGAGAUCAGGGCAGGAUAAUGCAAAGCGAUCGAACUUGUAUCGAGUGCAUCUGCGGCGAGUGCUUAAAGGAGACGUGAGUGAGUUAAGGACGUUUGUGAAGUUGGAAGGAUCAGCCGAGACGUGGAGUGGAUCGACGUUGAUGCUGGAGCGGUCUCGGACCCGAGAGUCCUGUGCUCCAGGGCCGAGGCCUCGGCUGUCCGCAAUUUUCUUCAGCAAUGUGAGUGACAGCCCUGCCGUCAGGGGCCCCACGCCUCGCCUGCAGCUGAUUACUGACCCAGUGCCUUUGACUUUGUAUCAUCUUGACCGAAUUAAUGCAGCUGUUACAGAUUUACAUUAUCAGCCACGACCACCGGCUCCUGAGGAAGCGUGCGAGAAAACUUUUUGUCGCUGGGGUGCGGAAUGCGUGUCGCUCGGCGACGGGCGGGCCCACUGCGCGUGCCCGGUCAGCUGUCCGUCCGCGCCCGCCGCAGUGUGCUCCACUGCUGGCCGCACGUACCGCAACCAUUGCUACUUACGCAAGGAGGCAUGUGAGCGUAGACUGAACUUGCGCGUCAAGCAUGACGGCGAAUGUGAGGUCGGAGACCCCUGCGUGGGCGUGACCUGCCCUACGGGCUCUAGAUGUGCAGUCAACUUUGGGCAAGCCGAGUGCCGAUGUCCCCGCAGUUGCCAGAGAAGGAAGACUGUUUGUGCCACUGAUGGCAAGGAAUACCCCUCCGCUUGCCACUUGGACAAGCAUGCGUGCGACAAUCAACUCAACAUCACUAUUAAAUACCAUGGGAAAUGCGACCCGUGCGCAGAGCACGAGUGCGCGGACGGCGGUAUUUGCCAACUGAACGAGGCUCGCGCUCCUGUCUGCCGAUGCGGCCCGCCCUGCGACCUGAUUGCCAGAUCAGGGGCGGCAGUGUGCGGGUCUGACUAUAAAGACUACCCCAGUGAAUGCGCGCUCAGGCGGGAGUCGUGUCGCAUACGGCAGCAACUUACGAUUGCAUACAGGGGAAAAUGUGCUUCCGCUCAACACCCGUGCGACUCGGUCAAAUGCGGUGUCCGCGAACAUUGCUCCCUGGACUCGCGGGGCGUCGCCGUUUGCGGCUGUGGCCCGGAGUGCGAAGCCAUCGUGCGACCGGUGUGCGGGACUGACGGCCGGACGUACGACAGCCCCUGCCUGCUGGACCGAACGGCCUGCCGUGACAACAGAGAUGUCAGGACUGCUUAUAUGGGAGCCUGUGGUGAGGCGAACCCAUGCGCCCGUACAACAUGCCCAUGGGGCGGCGCGUGCGUCUCCCGCGGAGCAGCAGCGCAGUGCGCAUGUCCCGUCUGCGACGCGACGCUCGCCCCGGUCUGCGCGUCCGACCACAACACCCACGGCAGCGAGUGCAAGAUGAGAAUGCACGCCUGCCAAGAAGGCAUCCAAGAGGGGAAACUGAGGGUUCUCUAUAAUGGAACUUGUCAAACUUGCGCUGAUAUGGUGUGUCAGGGCGGUGGCGAUUGUAUCCUGAACGAAAGCAGCGGUCGUCCCGAAUGCCGAUGCAACCACAAUUGCACCGAGACGCAGGACACAAGCCUGGUAUGCGGAACCGAUGGCCAGACGUACCUAUCGCAAUGCGAAUUGGACUCAACGGCGUGCCGUGAACAAACCAAUCUGCGGGUUGCUUACAAAGGCAAUUGUGCUUUAUGCGAGAACGUGCAAUGCUCGUUUGGAGCCCGUUGUGCCGCGGGCGAGUGCGUCUGCCCCAGCGACUGUACCGGCGCGGCGCGCGAGCCGGUCUGCGGGAGCAAUAUGCAGACCUACUACAAUGAGUGUGAACUCCAAAAAGCCGCAUGCCAGCUGUCCCCCGCCAACACUCUUCACGUCAUAUUCUAUGGAGACUGCAAAGAUAGGCUUGCGGUUGUACCGCCCAUUGCAAUGACUACGACCGCGGUGACCACGACCGAGGCGGACGAAGGGUCGACGGAUUCCUCGGGUGCGACCGAUCAGUUCGGCACGGCGGAUCCGUCGGCUUGCCGCGAUAUCCGCUGCGACUUCGGCGCCAGCUGCGAGAUCGGCGCUGACCAGUACCCGCGCUGCUCGUGCCUCUUCGAAUGUCCGCCAGAUGACGAAUACUUUCCGGUCUGCGCUUCCGACUUCAGACUUUACCCUAGUAUGUGUGCGAUGCGAAAAGAGGGUUGUCAAAAACAACUCGAGCUACGGCUGCGGCCACUUGAUUUAUGCAAAGGCAUGGAAGUCCGGCCUUGCGGUAACAGUAAGGCGAUGGUCGAGCCGACCACGGGACUUGAGAUAGAUUGCGGUAACGGUCCGCACCGACAAGAUUGUCCGGCCGGCAGCUACUGCCAUAUUACCUUAACUGCAGCAAGGUGUUGCCCGAAAAACGACACGAAGCAAUAUGAAGAUAAGAAGGGGGGUUGCGCGGAGAGCGUGUUCGGGUGUUGCUCGGACGGCGUGACGGCGGCGGCGGGUCCUAACGAGGAGGGGUGUCCGAUAACUGGCUCUAGUUGCGGCUGCAACCGGCUCGGAUCGGUGUCGGAUCGGUGCGAUGAGAGCGGGCAGUGUGCGUGCCGGCCGGGAGUGGGCGGGCAGAAAUGCGACCGCUGCGAGCCCGGCUACUGGGGGCUGCCGAGGAUCGGCUCAGGACACACGGGAUGUAUACCAUGUGGCUGUUCCGCUUUCGGGUCCGUGCGUGAGGACUGCGAGCAGAUGACGGGGCGCUGCGUGUGCCGCGCCGGCGUGCAGGGCCAGAAGUGCACCGUCUGCGCCGACCAUCGCCGGCGCUUGGGGCCCAACGGCUGUGCUGACCCGGAAAGCGGCGGUGUAGCGCAGUCUUGCGCGGAACUGUCAUGCUAUUUCGGCGCGGUGUGCACUGAGCGCACGGGCGGCGCGCUCUGCGAGUGCGCUGCGGCACCUUGUCCUGACAGCGAUAAUAAUAUGCUGGUAUGCGGCAGCGACGGCAAAACUUAUGAAUCAGAGUGUCACCUGAAAUUGCAAGCGUGUCGCACGCAAGAGGACAUUGUAGUACAAGCGUUCGGGCCGUGUAAGCUGUCUGAAGUGGCUGGCACGGCGGGCCCGCCGAGGCCGUCCUCGCCGAUACAGUUCACGCAACAAGACGACGGCGCCGCCUCCAAGUCCACCAGGCACCUCCUCAACCCUGACAAGUACAACAAGUAUGAUUGGUCGAAAAAAGAAACACCCAGCGACUUCGACGGGAGCCUCCUGGGACAAAAGUUUAAGGGUGCACAAACAGCGACCACGGCAACGGUGGGCGCGGUGGGCGCGCUGCUGGGCGACCUGUGCGCUGAGGAUGGCGACUGCGCCGCGCUGCCCGGCGCGCGCUGCGCUCGGAGCGCGUGCGUGUGCCGCGCCGGCUACCAGCCCGCGCAGCAUCGGAAGGGGUGUGUUGAGCAAAUGACUCAAGAGACGACCGAGGAAUACAGCGCGUGCCUAUCAGAUCCAUGCUAUAACUUAGGUAGCUGCGUCGACCUGCCAGGAUCGACUUACACUUGCGUCUGCACCGGACUUUAUACUGGAAUGAAUUGCGAAUAUCUUAUAAAAGAUAGCCUGACACCUUACAUAGAGACACCAUUCUUUGAUGGUUCUUCUUUCAUCCGCCUUAAACCUUUGAAGGCGUACCACAAGCUGAAUAUCGAUAUCGAAUUUAAGGCUUUCACUGAAAAUGGCGUCAUAUUGUACAAUCAGCAGAAAUACGAUGGAACGGGCGAUUUUGUUUCUCUCGCCUUGGUAAAUGGAUAUAUAGAGUUCAGGUACAAUCUUGGAAACGGAGCAUUAGUCCUGACUUCUUUGGAAAAGAUUACAUUGAAUGAGUAUCACAAAGUAUCUGCAAAAAGAUAUCAUCGAGAUGGCAUAUUAUCUGUUGACGAUAUGGAAGACGUUGUAGGACAAUCUAGCGGACAUCUUAAAGCUCUGGACUUAGCCGAAGACGCUUACGUGGGCAGCGUACCUUCUAACUACUCCAAGAUUUUCGAUAAUAUCGGCACCCGGAGUAGUUUUAUUGGGUGCGUGAAAUACUUAAGAAUAAUACGUCAUCAAGUGACAAAGAAAUUGGGACGACCGGACCCAUUAGUCGUGUCUAUGGAGAACGUUCGAGAGUGCCAAUCUAAUCCGUGUAUGAGUAUGCCGUGCAAGAACGGGGCCACGUGUAAAUCUAUAGAGGGAUCGGCGACGGAAUAUACUUGUAUCUGCCCUAUCGAAUUUCAAGGAGCCAAUUGUGACGAGAGAUUAGAUCCAUGUGAAUCGAAUCCCUGCGGAUAUGAUGAGGGGCUAUUGUGCGACAUCGGACCCGACGGCGGCCAUGUGUGUCGCUGUUUGUUUGGAGGCGAAAUUGGCUCCAACGGAAAUACUUGCAGUAACGAUGUAAACAUUAUACAAGAGUCGUGGAUUCCCCAGUUUAAUGGGACGAGCUACAUCGAAUUAUUGCCACUCGAAGGGCUGGGGAAAGCGUUCCGCAUUGAAAUCUGGUUUUUAACGAACAGACUCUCAGGGAUGCUCUUUUACACCGGCCAGUCUAAUAAAGCCAAGGGGGAUUUCAUAACGAUUAACUUAGUUAAUGGAUACCUGCAAUUUAGGUACAAUCUGGGGAGUGGUGUUGCCAAUAUCACGUCUCCAGUGCCGAUAGAGAAAGGGCGUUGGCACCGCGCUCGGGUGACCCGCGCCGGCCGCCACGGCAGCUUGCAGUUGGACCACCACCCCACACAACGUGGGUCAUCUUUGCCGCCACUUACUCAUUUGGAAUUAACACUACCGCUCUUUAUUGGGUCUUUACCUGCUUACGUCCGUCCACACAAAAUGUCAGGCGUGAUCAGCAGUUUUAUUGGCGCGGUGCAAAAAGUAUUUGUCAAUGGCAACCAGCUCUCUUUGUACAACGGGGACACGGCGAAAUGCGCUAUAGUACAGGAGGAGGAUAACCUACCUUGCGCCACUAGCGGGGUUACUAAGUAUGUUGGAUCGCCCUGUGGAAUUGGUAUAACUCCGUGCAAGAAUAAUGGAUCUUGUAUACCACUUCUGAACGAAUAUAAGUGCAUUUGCCCCGACGGCUUCCAAGGGAGAAACUGUGAAAUUCAACUCAACGUCGAAAUGCUGAAGGACGGAGCGCCAGUCCAGUUCGACGGGAAUAAUUACUACUCGUACAGGAGUCGAGGAAGCCGCAGGAGACGCGGCGAUCGCGGUGUUAGAUACGAAAUAAAAUUUCGCACAUACAACGACUCCGGCCUUUUAAUGUGGAGGAGAAAAAUCGGUAUACGAGCUCGAGAUUUCAUUGGCUUGGGCAUAAACAAUGGCAAAUUACAAUUAAUAUACACGGACACUGACGUCAAGGAGAUGAAUUCUGUCACACACGAGGAAUGGUUCCAGUAUAUAGAAUCUAAGGAUCGAGUAGACGAUGACAUGUGGCAUACGGCAACGGUACGCAGAAGAAAAAGGCUAGCCAUGCUACAACUGGACGACACGGCUCCCAUUAGGGGGUACUCGCAAUCCUUGCUUGUGCCCUCGAAAUCAAACCCCAAACUAUGGAUUGGGGGAUCCCCAUCACUGCCCUUGGGAUUGCCGGCUGCUUUGUACACCGGGUUUCGUGGUUGUGUAGCCAGUGUGAAGGCAAAUGGUCGACGCAUCGACAUCACUACGCCAAUACGGCCGACGACAACGAUACGAUAUUGUGAUUAAAAUGAUGCAUGAUACGAAGUCGAAUCAUGAGUUGCCAAACUCUGUUUGCUAAAAUUACGAAGCGUAAUGGAAACCACUGUGAGAUAACAAGUAUUAUUUUUUAGAUUUUGUGUCGACUAGCGGUUUAUAGUACCUGUCAUAAAUAAUGUAGUUUCUGAUAGGGAUCUCUACACGGCUGCGUAUUUUACUAUCUUUUUUCGCAGUUGUUUUAGUGGAGUGCCUGUUGAAGAGUCUCAAGGGAUAAGUGUAAUCAUAUCUCUGUUUAGAGAUAAAAGAGUAUUCAUAUCUGUAACCAAAAUAAUAUGUUGCCAUAAUACGUUACAUUUAGCAUUAUAUUUAUAAUAAGAUUUAAAUCAAUUUUUACUUCGUCAAAUCGGUGCUCGAAAAACACAUCAGAGGUAUAUUGGAAGAAAUAUUUAGGUAUAUAGAAUGUGAGAAAGUACCUCCUGAAUUAUACUUAAUAUUUUGUUGUUAUUAGGUACUUAGAAAAAUACCGAUUAUAAUAGUUUUUAGAUUAGUUAGUAAUAAUAGGUUUCUUUAUUGAAUAUGAGCUGAAAAUAUAUAACACAAUAAUUAUUAGAUUUGAAUUUUGUAAAUGUUUAUCCAGAGUAAGUAAAUUAUACGGGCUUUACAAUAACAUUCCAUUCAAUUACUAUUGAUAAUAAUAAUUUUGUUUACGAAUUUAGUAUUUUUACCCAGUUUGUAAAAUUUAUGGUGAGUUGUGUUGAAUACUGAUUCAUAUAUGUCUAUAUAAUCAAUAUUUUGUUUUCUCUUCGCAGAACAUUGAUACAAAUUCUAUUUUGAAGUCCAUGCUGUCAUUGAAGAAUUAGUAAUGCUUAUUUAUUAUCAACGUGUUAAUGAAACCAAAUAGGACUAUGGACAAAUAUAACUUUCCAUGCAACCGUUCAAAUGUAUGUUGACUGAAUAUCCCUAAUAAGAUUAGGGUCACAUGUACGUAAUCUGUGCAUAAUUUUACAAUUAUCUGAUUAAAAUCACAAAGUAUUACUUUUACAAAAUACAUUCUCAAUACUCUAAAAUUUUACUUAGGUACCUAUUUUAAUCGGUUAUCCUUGUAGAAUAAAUACUAUUUCCAUUGCGAUGUAUAAACAUUGCCUGUAUUAGAUAAAUAACAUUCCAUUAAUCUGAUUAAGUUAAAGUGAGUUAAUUAUGAACAGUGCCAUAGUUUGUACAGUGUAGCAAUUCCCAUUACAAUAGUUAUACAUAAUCUUAUGAAUAGUUUAGUUUGAGUUAUUUUACUUGCUGUGUCUACUACUAUGGCGGAAGGAGGCUCUGGAGAAGUACUGCAAUUUAAAUAUGAAUAUGUUUUAGCGUAACGUUCACAUCAUGUUUGCAUCAUGAACUUACAUUUCAAGUAGGGAAACUAAUGUCUAAAUAUAUUAAAAAUAUGGGGUUCUUUUAUUAAGCAUUAAUUUGUUUUGGACAAAAUAUAAACGCGAAUGCCCUUUAUAAUGCUGCCAGAAAUUGAAAUUUGCUGCUAUUAAAAUUAAAAUUAUUUUUGUUUUAAAAAAUAUAGCGCAAUAAUUUUACGUACUUAUGAGGGACAUUUUGUAAUAUAGAUGUACAUACGUAGAUUAGAUUUUUUUACAAGCCGCUUAUAUAAUUUUUAAUGUAAUGUUACUAUCGUAUCUAAUAUUCCUUGACGAUAUCGGAUGUUUAAUAUUUAACCCGGCGGUACUCGACAGGUAUUUUUAAACGCAUCACUACGGGGUAAAAAAAAUACCUAGGAUUGAUCAAGGGAAAUAUUUAAAAACGGGAUUUUCAAAAUUAUUGAACCUUUAAUUUUUUUAGAAUGUCCAUUUUUUUUAUUUUGUUAUCGUACGGUUUUUUUUACCUAGUAGUGAUUAAGUGUACUCAUGUCAAUGCGUGUUGUGUUAAAUGAUUAAUGAUUUUCAAAGAUGUUUUGUCAAUUUCAUGCAAAAAUAAGUUUACCUUGCGAGUAAAAUUGUCAAAAUUAUUUUGUCCUAAGUAAUAAUUAUGUAGUUGGAAUACUUAUAUAGUAUUAUAAAUACUAAAAUUAACUUAAAUAAAAGGAUGACAAUAUUAUAAAUAUUUAUCAACAUGAAUUGUAGGGUUACUUUUUUCAUGUUGGACAUGCUUCGUGAUCGGCGAAACAUAUCCCAUUUUAGGUGAUUACAUUAUAAGAGAACCCUUCCCUCAAUCAAAAUAAAAUAUCUUUUCACUUCUCAUGCUCAUAUAAGUGACGUUUAAGUCGCGUGUAAGCGGCAUAAAUUUGCAUAUUAUGUUCUAUAAAGUAAAAUUAUCUAUUGCGACCCUUGUUAUCUUAGCUAUAAAGUCCAAAAUCUGCCAUACAAACUGCCCCGACCGAAGAAAUACGGCAAAAUAACCUAAAAUAUUGGAUAUUUUUGUAUAAUUUCCUCGCAGUGGAAGUUAAAAGCAGAGUAUAUAAUGGUAUAAAUGUCCAUUAUUAUCCGAGGCAAUUUGGUCGGAAUCUAUAUAGGAUAUAAAUGGAUCGCUAUAUGCCCUUGUUGUACAAUAUACUAUUUUAAAACGAUUGGGAAAUAUUGUCUUGCUAACUAUCAAAGCUGUUUGAUGGAUGACCGUAUCUUAACUCAUGUCAGAAGAGUAUAAUAUAUGUUAGGUACUGUCGUCGUAUUUCGUGAUUUGCAUAAGCAAAGAAGGUAUAGGCUGCACACGCUACGCGCCCACAACGCCAUCAAAUAUAAUUUAUACUUAAACUUAUCAAAAAUGAUUAUAAGUGCGUGCAAAAUGAAGAAAUUGACGUAGGGAUCUUUUCAAGGAUUGACGUUUCUAUAUAGUUGAAAGAAGAAAAUUUUAAUCUAUUAUUUAUUUUCAAGAAACAACAUAUUUGGUGGCAAAUAACAAUAAUCGCCUUUAUAUUACUAGGCAACCUACCACGUGAACAAUGGUCAGUAAAAUUACCUUCAUAGAAUGGAGAAAAGUCUAUACAAAACAACACAAAAAUUCAGAUCGUGGGGAAACAUGUCUGAUAAAUUUCCCUAAAAAAAACGUUAAUUAUUUUGAUUACCAUAAUUAAAUGUUUGCAAUUAUUGAGCUCAUAACUGUAAAAUUUUCGAUCCAUAAAAAAAUCACCCGGCAAAACAAAACAGUUGUGGGUUUUUUCUGAAGUUAAUUAAUUAACCUUUAAUAAUAAGGGUUUGUUACUGCGAUUGCCUUUAUAAGGUUUUGUAUUAUUUCAAAUGAUUGUCGUUUGUUCUGGCAAUCUGUAAUUAAGAGCAACUGUUUCGAACGGCACUGCAUGACCCUCUUGUUAAAUAAAUUUGAAUGGGGCGAAGGGUUUCAGCAAUAAACCUACCUGUAUAAUAUUCUGCCGUUGAUUCAUUAAGUACAUAUCUUCCAGUCCAAAUUGUUACGCAAUGUGUGUUUGAUGUAACUAUCUUAGUUAAAUUAAUAAAUCAUGAAUGAAAAAAUAAAUGAGACUGCAAUCCGUA